UCAAAAUUAUUAAUUAAGGUCGAAUUAAAGCCUAAAACAUAUACUUAUACAUUACAAGAACAAGAAUUUUCUGAAAUUGAAUCUUCAUCUUUAGGAACAUAUUAUUAGAAACAAAACAACUUUUGUAGACUCAAAGACAUGGCAAUUGGGUUGAUGGAAGUACAUCUUGUGAAAGCAAAAGGCCUCAAUAGCACUUGUUUCUUUGGUGGAAUGGAGGAUCCAUAUGUUUUGAUACAAUACGAAGGCCAAGAGAAGAGGAGCAAUGUUGCUAAAAGUAGAGGGAGAAAUCAUGUAUGGGAUGAGAAAUUUGUAUUCAAAGUUGAAAAGCAUGGAUCAAGUGAUAAACAUAAACUCAUUUUUAAAAUAAUGGAUAAAGACACAUUUUCUGCUGAUGACUUCAUUGGACAAGCCAUAAUCUAUGUUAAGGAUUUAUUGGGUGAAAGUGUGCAAAAUGGAGUGGCAAAGCUACCACCUCUCAAGUAUAGAGUGGUUCGUGCUGACCAAUCUUAUCGUGGAGAAAUUGAUGUUGCUAUUACUUUUACUCCAAAGGUGGAAGAUGGAUUCAUUGAAGAAGACAUAGGAGGAUGGAAACAAAGUAGCUACUAUCUAUCUUAGAUUAGCAUGACUAGCUUAUAGAAAUAAGUUCAAUUGAAAGUAGUAUUGAAAUUUUGAAUAUUCAUUUUAUAACAUGUGAAUUAGUUUGAAUUGCAUAUUCAUUCUUUUAUUUUUUUAGCAAGGGUUAAAGGCAAAAACGUACAAUGUUAAGUGAUAAUCACAAGUGGUUAGAGGUGAUUGUUAGUAGCCCUUGUAUAUGGUAGUUGAUUAACAUUUGUUAUGUGGAACCUCUAUGGUGCUUGUAUUUUUUAUUUUUUAUUUUAAUUUUCCAUUCAAUCAAAAUCAUAUUCAUUUGUUCUCACUU